UGUGUCUAUGGACAAGAAAGCUACGCAGGUGAAAACAUCACCCGUAUUCUGGACCGACUACUAGAUGGAUAUGACAACUGGUUACGACCAGGAUCCGGAGGUAUGAUUACAGAGGUGAAAACAGAUAUCUUUGUCACAAGCUUUGGCCCAGUGUCAGAUGUGGAAAUGGAGUACACCAUAGACAUGUUCUUCCGCCAGACCUGGGUGGACGAGAGGCUGAAGUACGACGGCGCCGUGGAGAUCCUGAGUCUCAACAACAAGAUGGUGGAUAAAAUCUGGACACCCGACACGUUCUUCAGGAACUCCAGGAAGUCCAUCGCCCACAACAUGACCACUCCCAACAAGCUGUUCCGCAUCAUGCAGAACGGGACUGUCCUCUAUACCAUGAGACUAACCAUCGUUGCUGAGUGUCCCAUGAGGCUCAUGGACUUCCCUAUGGACGGACAUACCUGUCCUCUGCGGUUCGGCAGCUAUGGGUACACGAACAGUGAGAUCACCUUCACCUGGAGGAAGGGUCUGGAAGCUUCUGUAGACUGUCCUCAGGAGUCUAUCAGUCUGCUACAGUACGACCUGGUGGGACAGAAGUUAUCCACGGAGACGUUCAAGUCCAACACAGGUGACUACUCUGUCAUGGUAGUCCAUUUUCUACUACAGAGGAAGCUAGGCUACUACCUGAUUCAGACGUACAUCCCUCUGAUUAUGGUGGUGGUGCUGUCACAAGUAGCCUUCUGGAUCAACAAAGAGUCUGUACCUGCACGCACUGUGGCUAGCAUCACCACGGUCCUCACCAUGACAACCCUCAGCAUCAGCGCCCGCCAGUCUCUGCCCAAGGUGGCCUACGCUACAGCCAUGGACUGGUUCAUCGCUGUGUGUUUUGCCUUCGUGGCGUCUGCGCUCAUCGAGUUCGCCGCUGUCAACUACUUCGCGACGCUGGAGGCCAACAGACUGAAGAAGAAGAAGAACGCCAGGCAGAAAAAAAUGGAGGUCCUGGCUGAAGCAAGUUAUGAUGAGGAGGAUGAUGAGAGUGCUUCAUCUGGUUCAGCUGUGCCCCACAUCUCAGCGCGGGCUGGUACCAGCCCCAUAGACCAGUACUCCCGCAUCAUGUUCCCCCUGGCCUUCGCACUCUUUAACCUCUUCUACUGGAUCAUAUACCUGGGCAAGGACACCAUGGAACAGGCCAGGUAUGGGUUAAACUAUUAGGACAGCAUGGAACAGGCCAGGUAUGGGUUAAUAAACUAUUAGGACAGCAUGGAACAGGCCAGGUAUGGGUUAAUAAACUAUUAGGACAGCAUGGAACAGGCCAGGUAUGGGUUAAUAAACUAUUAGGACAGCAUGGAACAGGCCAGGUAUGGGUUAAUAAACUAUUAGGACAGCAUGGAACAGGCCAGGUAUGGGUUAAACUAUUAGGACAGCAUGGAACAGGCCAGGUGUGGGUUAAUAAACUAUUAGGACAGCAUGGAACAGGCCAGGUAUGGGUUAAUAAACUAUUAGGACAGCAUGGAACAGGCCAGGUAUGGGUUAAAUUAUUAGGACAGCAUGGAACAGGCCAGGUAGGGGUUAAUAAACUAUUAGGACAGCAUGGAACAGGCCAGGUAUGGGUUAAUAAACUAUUAGGACAGCAUGGAACAGGCCAGGUAUGGGUUAAUAAACUAUUAGGACAGCAUGGAACAGGCCAGGUAUGGGUAAAUAAACUAUUAGGACAGCAUGGAACAGGCCAGCUAUGGGUUAAUAAACUAUUAGGACAGCAUGGAACAGGCCAGGUAUGGGUAAAUAAACUAUUGACAUUAAAACUCAACUCUGGACCGCAAAGCCAGUUCCACUGUUUUGUUCUCUAAUCAGGGACUGGUUUAGACCAGGGGCCUCAUUUAUAAAACUGUGCGGAGGAUUCACGUAAAAAUGUGGCUUAUGGACGAAACACAGAAAGUGCUUACGCACAGAAAUGUCUGAUUUAUAACAGUGUGUGCACAAAUGUCCAACGCUGGUUUCCCUUUAUAAAUCCCAAUCAACUCCAAAUUUGGCGCACGUCUUGUGCCACCCUUUUAACGCCCAUAGUUGCCUGUAGAUAGUCAGUGAAAUGCCCCUAACUAAUAUUCAUCCAUACUGACAUGACAGAAAGGCAAAAAAAAGGUAACCUAGUGUGAAAUGGAAAUUCUUGUUGGGGAGGUUGAAGCAAGAAAGAAAAAAAAUGUUUAGUGGACAGUGUGGGCAUUAAAUGCCAAAAAGGCGUUAGUGGCAGCAUGUUGCGGACGCUGUGAAUGCUGCUGGCUCAGAAGAAAAAAGUGUAGGCCAAAAGGCGCAUAGCCUUACACAGACAAAGUGUGUGCCACGGGCGGAGGAAAGGGGACACCAGGGGGACACGGACGUGCCAGACGCACCGGAUGAUCCAGGUAUGUCAUUUGUAUUCCCUCGUUUGAAAAGAGUAAACCAAAUGCAUUCAAGUUUAAACAUUUAUUUACCAACAAUUUACAUUUUAUAUUAUUUUUAGUCGCCGAGUGUUCCAGCGGGGUCGGUGGUGCUGCAGCUGAGCAGGAGCUGAGUGUUCCAGCGGGGGCGGUGGUGCUGCAGCUGAGCAGGAGCUGAGUGUUCCAGCGGGGGCGGUGGUGCUGCAGCUGAGCAGGAGCUGAGUGUUCCAGCGGGGUCGGUGGUGCUGCAGCUGAGCAGGAGCUGAGUGUUCCAGCGGGGUCGGUGGUGCGCAGCUGAGCAGGAGCUGAGUGUUCCAGCGGGGUCGGUGGUGCUGCAGCUGAGCAGGAGCUGAGUGUUCCAGCGGGGUCGGUGGUGCUGCAGCUGAGCAGGAGCUGAGUGUUCCAGCGGGGGCGGUGGUGCUGCAGCUGAGCAGGAGCUGAGUGUUCCAGCGGGGUCGGUGGUGCUGCAGCUGAGCAGGAGCUGAGUGUUCCAGCGGGGUCGGUGGUGCUGCAGCUGAGCAGGAGCUGAGUGUUCCAGCGGGGGCGGUGGUGCUGCAGCUGAGCAGGAGCUGAGUGUUCCAGCGGGGGCGGUGGUGCUGCAGCUGAGCAGGAGCUGAGUGUUCCAGCGGGGGCGGUGGUGCUGCAGCUGAGCAGGAGCUGAGUGUUCCAGCGGGGGCGGUGGUGCUGCAGCUGAGCAGGAGCUGAGUGUUCCAGCGGGGGCGGUGGUGCUGCAGCUGAGCAGGAGCUGAGUGUUCCAGCGGGGGCGGUGGUGCUGCAGCUGAGCAGGAGCUGAGUGCGCCCAGCCCCGGCGUCUCCACUGCACCUCGUACGUCACAACCCUCCAGCGGCCGUGUCCUCGCAGAUGCAGUCCUGCAAACACAUAGAGACACCGUCGACGCUAUUAACGAGAUUUCCAAGGAGUUGAAGGAAAUAAAUGUUUUGACAUAAGCUGUACAUUGAAAGAAUUACUCAGUGUUAUGUUUCAUACCUUGUUCUUACAAGCGACGCAUCACAUUCACACGCUGGCGCACGGCGCCGCCUUUGGUCACCAUAGCAGCACGCGCUCCAGCAGGUAUCUCACUGGUCACCCCCAAAGCC